AGCUUGGACUAACUUGUCAAAAUGGCGUUGCUCGUAGUGGGAGACUGGAGCUAGUUCAUAUAAUUCAGUGGUAUUUAAUCAUAUACUGGGCAACACACGAAACGAUAGCCACAGAUAGUAUGGCGACCCUGGAUCAGAAAUCACCCAAUGUGCUUCUCCAGAGCCUCUGCUGCAGAAUCACGGGGAAAAGCGAAGCUGAAGUUGCCCACCAGUUCCAGUAUGCAGUGCGAGUCAUUGGCAGUAACUACGCCCCCACGAUUGAACGAGAUGAGUUCCUGGUGUCAGAGAAGAUCAAGAAAGAACUGCUGAAGCAGAGGAGAGAAGCAGAUGCUGCUCUGUUUUCAGAGCUGCACAGAAAACUUCAGACGCAGGGCGUUCUGAAGCAUCGCUGGUCUGUUCUCUACCUGCUGCUCAGCCUCUCAGAAGACCCUCGUAAACCGUCCAGCAGGGUUGGGAACUAUGGGGCACUGUUUGCCCAGGCCCUCCCCAGGGACGCCCACUCCACCCCAUUCUACUGCACCCGACCCCAGAGCCUGGCCCUGGGUUACGGGGAGAGAAGCGGCGGACUGUCGGCCAGCGUGGGGACCAGUGGCAUCUCCAGUCUGGGAGUCUACACGCUGAACGGACCCACGCCAACGCCACAGUCACUGCUGGCUGGUCAACCCCCCCAGUCUGCAGCUGGAGGCGUUCAGCCUCUGGGUUCUCGACUUGCCUGGGCUCUUCCCGUGAGCUCCUCCCCUUCCUCCGCUCUGGCCCCGCCCACCACCCGGCCACCUCUCGGACCUCCAGCUCCGUCCACCAGAGUGGUCCGUCCUCGCCGAGAGGGUGACGCAGGCGGGGAGGUGAGCGAGGCGAUGCUGGUGCGGGACAUCCUCUACGUCUUCCAGGGAAUCGAUGGCAAGUUUAUUAAGAUGAGCGCCCAGGAGAACUGCUACAAAAUAGACAGCAAGGUGGUGCUCUGCAAGUCCCUGAGGGACACCAGCAGCAGACUGGCCGAGCUCGGCUGGCUCCACAACAAAGUCAGGAAGUACACCGACGCCAGAAGCCUCGACCGGGCCUUUGGGCUGGUCGGACAGAGCUUCUGUGCCUCGCUCCACCAGGAGCUGAAGGAGUACUACAGGCUACUUUCUGUCCUCCACUCUCAGUUGCAGGUAGAGGACGACCAAGGUGUGAACGUGUGCACAGAGAGCAGUCUGACUCUCAGGAGGCUGCUGGUUUGGAUGUAUGACCCCAAAGUCCGGCUCAAAACACUAGCCGCCCUUGUUGACUUCUGCCAAGGUCGAAAAGGAGGCGAGCUGGCUUCAGCUGUCCAUGCAUAUGGGAAAACAGGAGACCCACAGAUGAGAGCGUUGGUUCAGCACAUCCUCAGCCUGGUGUCACACCCCAUCCUCAACUUCCUCUACAGGUGGAUCUAUGACGGAGAGCUAGAAGAUACCUACCACGAGUUCUUUGUAGCAUCAGAUCCCAACGUGAAGACCGAUCGCCUGUGGCACGACAAGUACUCCCUCAGGAAGUCUAUGAUCCCGUCAUUCAUCAUCAUGGACCAGGCCCGCAAGGUUCUGCUGAUCGGUAAAUCCAUAAACUUCCUGCAUCAGGUUUGUCAUGACAGAACGCCGCCAGGCAAAAUCACGCCAGCAUCCAAGUCUGCAGACACCCCUAAAGAUGCUGCAGAGCUUCUGUCAGACCUGGAGGGGGCGUUUCAGGAGAAGAUAGAUGCUGCCUACUUUUACACCAGCAAAUACCUGCUGGACGUUCUCAACCACAACUACCUGCUGCUGGAGCACCUGCAGGCCAUGAGGAGAUACCUGCUGCUGGGCCAGGGAGACUUCAUCAGACACCUCAUGGACCUGCUCAAACCAGAGUUGGUACGUCCUGCCACCACUCUGUACCAACACAACCUGACUGGUAUCUUAGAAACGGCAGUCAGAGCCACCAACGCCCAGUUUGACAAUGCGGAGAUCCUCAAGAGGCUCGAUGUGCGCCUGCUGGAGGUGUCUCCUGGUGAUACAGGCUGGGAUGUUUUCAGUCUGGACUAUCAUGUUGAUGGACCCAUUGCUACGGUGUUUACAAGGGAAUGUAUGGGCCACUACCUGCGUGUGUUUAAUUUCCUGUGGAGGGCUAAGAGGAUGGAGUACACACUGACUGACAUCUGGAAGGGACAGAUGUGUAAUGCCAAGCUGCUCAAGACCAUGCCUGAGUUGUCCGGCGUGCUGCACCAGUGUCACAUCCUGGCCUCGGAGAUGGUCCACUUCAUCCACCAAAUGCAGUACUACAUCACCUUCGAGGUGCUGGAGUGCUCCUGGGACGAGCUGUGGAACAAAGUGCAGCAGGCUCAGGACCUCGACCACAUCAUCGCGGCCCACGAAGUCUUCCUGGACACCAUCAUCUCGAGAUGCCUGCUGGACAAUAACAGCAGGUCUCUUUUGAACCAGCUGAGGGCCAUAUUUGACCAGAUCAUCGAGUUUCAGAGCGCCCAGGAUUCCCUCUACCGCUCUGCACUGGAGGAACUCACCCUUAGACUGCAGUAUGAAGAGAAGAGGCAGCGGAGAGAAGAGGAGGGUCAGUGGGGAGUGACGGCCGAACAGGAAGCAGAGGAGAAGAGGAGGAUUCAGGAGUUCCAGGAAACCAUACCAAAGAUGCGCUCCCAGCUCCGCAUUCUCACCCACUUCUACCAGAGCAUCGUCCAGCAGUUCCUGGUGUUGCUGAUGACAAGUACGGAUGAGAGUCUGCGUUUCCUCAGCUUCAGACUGGACUUCAAUGAACACUACAGAGGAACCAGACGUCAGGGCCAGAGAGCCGAGGCUGCGAGCUUCACUAGGCGCCACCCGAGGGCGACGACCGUCAAAUAUCUGACAUGAAGACAAUGGGCACUGACAAGCAAGACUUCCGGCCAUUGGAGCACGGGGUAUGACAUCACAGAGAUGGGCCGAACCAGCAGACUUUGAAGCGCUUCAUGUCGAGAUGAUGUCAUGCCUUGGAGGAGCGACCCCGGCAGUGUUCAGAACGCUCUGGCGUCGCAGCGGCGGCGGUCGACCAAGUGAUGACAUCACGGCAGACAGCUCCCGCCAAGUCACCCCGAGCGGGCUCACGAACGAAUUAAGUCCAGUAAAUCAAACUUUCAAGAGCUUGAGCAAACACCCGAAACGGACUGCUCGGCGUUCGGCAAGAAUUCAGCGACAUGUAAAGUAAAAUGGGGGAAACUAUCCAGCUGUGUGUGUGUGUGUGGAGGUAAGACAAAGCUGCCGUCAGACUGAGCUCCCCGAGUCACACUGGGCUGCCUUACAUGGCUCGCCUUAUUGAUGGGAAAAAACAAAACCUUUUUUCUCAGUGUGGUUGCCAAAUCUAGUCCCAACACACAUAAUGUAUGUACAUAGAGUUUAUGCAAAAAUGUAUGUAUGUGUGUAUAUAUGCACUUGUCUGUACACGUCAACACUUGUGGCUUUGCAUCUUCUCACUGGGGUCUGACGGAUAUGGGUCCAAUAUUGAUAUUUUUUUUCAAUUUUUGUAUUUGUAGCAGUUAUUAAAAUUAUAAAUUGGGAUCAUUUUUACUAAAAUCGUUUUCACAAGAGACAGUGUUCCCGCUGGAGUUUUCUUCCCCUUAAGGUGGGGAAAGCAGUUGCAUUUACAGCACUAAAACUGUAUGAACAGGCUGCAACCGUCAGCAUACUGAAUAUUUAAUAUUUAUGGUCAGUAUUGGCACACCACUAUAUCAGUCUAACCCUAGUUCUCCGCUCUCCUCCUUAAAAUCCAGGGUUUUUUAGUGGGUCAGGUGAGCUGUCCAAUCACAAUCAUACACGGGAUUUGGAAUUACAUACACGACAGACACACGCCCACAGAUAAUUCUGCGUCGAGUGGCGCGAAGACAAAACUGGCUCAUGCAAAUAAAAUUAAAAAAAAACCCUCUGUUGCCGACUUUGUUUACACCAUGUAUUAAUAUCCCAAGUUUGUUGAUUUUAACCAGAUCGUUUUCUGUUUGUCAUUAGAUUUGUAAGACAUAGGAAACAAAGUAUCCCGACCAGCAAGAUGUUACCUUGACUGAGAACCGACUGAUAUGAAGAAUGUUAUUAAGUGUUUACUGUGUAUUGAAGUCUGGUUUUCCCUCUGUUUCCCUGCUUAGUUUACAGUAUGUGCUUUUAUGUCUGUAUGAGAGAUGGAUCAUGUCAAAGAAAACAAUCCUCACAACAACCACAACAACCUCACUUCUUGUCACUGCAUAAACAGUAAGAACUAUAAACGUUCACAUAUUUCAGUUUCUUUAAAUACUGUAAAUAUUUCUAAGUCAAAAGAGUUUAAUGAUUAUAGAUGUUAACUUGAGCAGUUUAUUUUCUGAAACAAAUCUAUUCCCACAUUAUAAAUAAGAGAACAAGAUUGGUGUUAGUGUUAAAUAAGUGAGGUUUGCUCCACGUGCAUAUGAGAUGGAGACACUGACUGUAUCCCGGUGGAACUGUUCAGUAUAGGAGCGUCGUUGCUGUUGAUCAGCCGCCCCCCCAGAAAAUCGGUGUUUACUGCGACCACAGGCUGAAAAAUGUCAACAGGACCCAAACUCAAAAAAUAUCUGUCCAAGCUUUUAUCAGUCAGAGAAAUUAAGCCACAAAUUACAUACUUAUACACUUACAAUCAGUCCUUGUUGUGACCCGAGACUGAACAGUGAAGUGAAAAUUUUACCUUUGCUUUGGCUCAAAAAUGGAUAAUCAUUAGAGUCUUAAUUGCUGUGGUAGGACAUGACUAUUUGCUGGAUUUUCUUUGUAGUUCACAUCCAAAUGCUUUUUGCUGUAGAAAAAGGCGAAACCGAGAUUGAAAAAGCCAUGUAGCAUUUUUAAUCACCGAGUUACACAAUCAUUUCCAUAUGAACAGCAGUGAGCACUGAUCUCACCUUGUAGGAGCUCUGAUCCUGGGUCAGGGAACAGAUGUUUCCAAAACCAAAAAAAAAAAAAUGAACAAA